UACACGCUUAUUGCAGCUGGCGGAUUUUAAUGAAAAGAAAAUGUGAUACGUGAUGUAUAUCGAUAAAAUAUAAAUUUAUAACAUUUGUGCUUUCAGAAGUGUUUUGCUAAAGCUAAGAAAAAAGGGAGCGAAUAACGAAUAACAACGCCCGUCUCAACACGAGAUGUUACACUUGGCUAGUCGCUGGGGUUCAUGAAUACCAGCUAAAACAAUUCUCCAGAGUUAUUUAAUCAAUAACUUUAAAAAAGUUUCAUUAAAUAUUAUCUUGUGUGCAGUGUUGCAAGAACAGGAAAAGUUUAAAAAAAAAAAAAAAAACUACCCACAGACAGCCGACCCGCAGACGCUGUAGGUAGUUAAGACGUUAGAAGAAGAGUCCAAUGGAUUCAUCUUCUCAAGGCGCUUUCAAUGCCGCCAGCAGCUGUAGCUCAAAUGGAAUGGAUUUCUUGCACGAGGACUUUCCACGCAGCGUGUUUCCCGCGACCCCUUGCCCUUCCCCUCGAACGGACGUGGAGGUGUCCGGCGGAGGCAAGGCCAGGGCCACACUGCUGUGCUCUGGCGUUUUCCUGGGACUCGUGGGCAUGACGUUCACAGUGAUGGGAUGGAUCAACUAUGACAGAAGCAGGAUGUUCGAGUGGACGCAGCUUCUCGGCCCCGUCCUUCUCUCCGUCGGGGUGACCUUUGUAUUUAUCGGCCUCUGCAAAGUUAAGAAGCUCAACUGCAAGUUCUGGAAUGGGAAUGACGAGCAGCCCAUAGAAGCGGACCAACUUAGCCCUGCGCAGUCUUUCGUUUUCACCGGCAUCAGUCAGCCCAUUACGUUCCACGGAGCCACUGUGGUCCAGUACAUCCCCCCGCCGUGCGCCAUACCAGCCCACGACCCCAGCGCCACUAACGGCAUUCAGCCUGGGCCGCUACCGGUAGCCACAUGUCCACCGCAGUACUACACCAUAUAUCCGCUGGACAACGACAACUGCACGUACCCCGGUGAUGAGGUGUGCGCACCACGGCUCUGGGUGCACGACGGCUACAGCAGGUAUUUAGGACCAGCGCCAAUGCCGGAACCCCGCGCUUUUCCCCACAGUCGUAACAAACGCAGUGUGUCCUCUGCAUAA